GAGUUUUCUUUAAAUCGAAGUUGGAUAUAUUUUUAAAAACUUCGUCACCGAAUUUGAAAGGUGGAAAAAUAUAUAAAGAGCUAGGGUCUAUCAGAUUUCAGUAGUGUUGAAAGUAACUAGACAGCAGCCGCGCCCCUGUAAUUUUUAAAAAUGAAAGUGUUAUAUGUUUGCUUUUUGAUUAUCGCCGCUAUUCUGUCGGCUGCGAUGGCAACUGCACCAACCCCACCAACUGUUCCAACAGCCGCAUCUGCAGUGCCAACCCCAGCAAUUGCAGGCAGUGAUGGCGCUGCCGUAACUCCUCAAGCCGUUCCAACGCCAGCUACACCAGUUCCAACUCCAGCAGUUAGUUCAUAAAAGUUCAUUCUAUUGAAAAUAUAUUUCCGUACAUAUGUUCUUCAGUAUUCAAGUAAUGAUAACGACCAUACAUUUUAUUCAUAUUUAGAGGAAAUAUAUGAAGAUGGUUUACAAUUCCAA